AUGGGGGUGCUGGACCCUCCACCAGCUAGCACAGGGCGCAAGGCAGGAACCAACCCCCUGGCCCACCAGUCCAUCGCGGGACAGAGUGAGAUAUGGAGCAUGGGAAUCGCAGUGGGAUCAGGCGCACCCACCACAGCCAAAUCAGGUAGGACUGGGGGAGCGUCAAGCUGGUGGACCUCAACGGGCGAAGCCCCUGACACUGUGAACCGCCGCUCCGACGAUGAGCCCUCCAAGCCCCCCGUUUCUCAUUUUUUGUCUUUUGAAAGGUACUCCUACAACUCCAACGGCCCCAAGAAGUUUGUUGCCGUCUGGUAUCAGUAUCAGAGCUCGGGCUACCCAUUGGUUUAUGACGGGUAUAAUCCUGGCAAUGUGAUUGACAAAUUCCGAGGUCGGACAUACCUCGUUGGGAAUGUCAGAAAUGGGAACUGCAGUCUGAAAAUCAAUGACGUCACCAGGAAUCUCAACGGAGAAAAGAUUUACACCUGGAUUGAUCCGGAUAACAUCGGCUCCGGCACUUAUAAGUUUUAUGAGCGCACCGUUCAGCUGAAUGUGAUUGAGUAUGCAUCUCCCCCCGACGUAUCCGUUGAAGGUGAAAGAGAAGGAGACAUGGUGGCUCUCAAGUGCUCCACUGUGCACACGUGUCCCCCGUCUCCUCCCGCGUUCACCUGGUCCUACCUGGGUGGCACCAACAUGGUGGAGCACACUGAAAUCGGGGAGGGCAAAUGGAAAUCGACUGCCUGGCUCCAGUUUAAUGCUUCAGACGUGGACCACGAGAGGAAGGUGACCUGCACGGUCAAACACCCGGGAGGAAGAACGGUUGAACGGUCUACCACAUUGAGCAUCAAAUUUGCCCCCAAAAAAGUGACAGUUCAGCUACCAGCAUCCAUAGUGGAAGGCAGCAAAGCCACCCUGGGCUGCAAGAGUGACGGGAAUCCCAAACCGCAAACAUUCAAGUGGUACAAGAUUGAAGAAGAAAAUACCACAAGCCUGGAAAACGGGGAGCUCCUCACUAUAACACCUCACAGAAGAGGCGACGUCCGCUAUUACUGCGAGGCGAGCAACGGGAUUGGAGGAACAAAAUCAGAGGCAAUCAGCCUGGUGGUGCAGUAUCCCCCAGAAAUCAGCCUGGACUCCAAGUGCUUUAUCAAGGAAAACGUGAUCAGCUGCCAUUGUGAAGUCGACUCCCGGCCGGCAGCAUCCGUCACCUGGAACAACAAUGGAUCUGCAGACACACGUGGCUUUAAUGUCACCCAGACUACCAGCGACAGCGGUAAGGUGACGGGAAUACUGAGUGGGUCCCUGGUGGAACAGCUGAACAUCUCCUGCUUUGCCGAAAACCAGCAUGGGUCCUCGGAGCGCCACCUAGAGGUGGUCACAGUCACGGCAGAUAAACGUCAGCAGUGGAAGGAGAAAAACUUCAUUGUGGUCAUCGCUGUGGUGGCAACUGUGAUCGUCCUGUGCGUCAUGGUCACCGCGGCUGCCUGGAAGAUGUGUCGACACAAGAAGAAGCCGGAGUUUGACAAGAUGGUGACAUUUCAGGACAUGAACCUUGAAAGAGAGAAGCAAAGCGACGAGGAAGUCUACGCCAACACCCCUGCCGGCAACGAGUACAGCUACCAACCCAGUGAAACCAUCUAUGGCAACAGCCCUGCCUGCAGCAGCCCCCCACAGGUGAAUGAUGCAGAUGAUUACUCAGAGCAAGUGUAUGAAAAUUAUUAAUGUUUAUUGUAAAAAAAAAAAAAUGGAAAAGGAAUUUGUUUAAAAAGUAUAUUUUGUGCAAUAUAUAUUUUAUAUGAGGAAAUAUACCACUGUAUGACUGGAUUGUGUAGAAGUGUGUUGACGCUUUUAUUCUUUAACAGUUGGUUUCUUUUGUUUUAAAAAUGCAUAGCCAUUUAAGGGAUCUUGGUGUGUGUGUGUGUUAAAAUGCAAAUAUUUGGUUGGAUUAAUUCUGUAUUUUUUUCUCUCUUUUUUUAUUAUGCUUUAUACAUUUUUGUUUUUUGCUUACUUUAAAGGUUUAUAAACUUGAGUAGGGCAAAACGUCAAGAAAUUCACAGGUUUGGAUGUCCGUUCCUGAAGGUCCUUGAACCCGUGUCACCGCUGACGGUUUUGAUUCUCCUCCCAGCUUAGUGGCCCAGUAGGUGUUGAGCAUGGGUUUGUGUGUGAGUGUGCACUGUGGUGGACUGGCACGUGUGCCCAUAAAGGGCUUAUUGCUGUUUUGCACCCCCUGUUGCUAGGAUAGGCCCCCGCACC